GCGGAAGUGACGCAGGGUGAAAACGGAGCGUGUUUGACAGCAGAUACCGGGGAUCUGCAGCUUCGUUCAAGGAGACGUCAGGGUGCCCGGUUUGGUGCCGUAAUAAUUGGGGGAGCGGGGAUCUUAUGCGGAACACUCUGUAUAUAGGACACAUUAAGUAAGCGAGCUCGGUGCUGGAGGUCCUGGGAGUUGCGUUUUAUACCAAAAAAUCCCCGGGGAGGGGGGCUCGACAUGGGCGGCAGCAGCUCAAGGGCCCGAGGUUUGUGGCCUUUCUCCUCUCCUGGACCGGAGACUCCUGGAAACACCGAACAGAGCUUAGCACGGAUCCACAAGGCAACUCCUUUCAUUUUUACCCGCAGAGGCUCGAUGUAUUUUGAUGAGGACGGAGACUUGGCACAUGAAUUCUACGAGGAGACGAUUGUAACAAAGAACGGACGUAAACGCGCGAAGCUGAAACGUAUACAGAAGAAUUUAAGACCCCAGGGCACAGUUAAAUUAGACCAUCCGUGCAUCCAUGUGGACUUCCCUGUCGUUCUGUGUGAAGUCUGACACUGGCUAUAAAUCCCUGCCUGCCACACCGUGCCCUCUUGUAUGAUUCUCUGUGACCCUCACUGUGCUCCUGACACAUGGAGCGGGAGGAGAGCGAUGUGGGGGACACAAGGACAGUUCCCUUAAGACUUAAGCAGUGUCUAUAUAGAGACGUUGCUAGAAAAGGAUGUGGGGCCAGAAGAAUAUACUGGCCUUUGCUGCUGUCAUGGCUCUUUCCUCCUCCUCGCGGGAUCACUACUGGGACGCAGUUAUGUGCAGCUGCUCAAUAAAUUAUUAGAACUAGUAUGAGUUGAUUUAAUGAAAGGUUUGCUAGAGCAGUAUCACUUUAGCAUACAUUCUUCUCCACCUGAUUAAGCAAUGUCAUUUCCCAUGAAAAAGUACUCGCCACUCCUCCCGGAACAGUGCCCUCCAGAGCCUGUGUCCCUAUCAUGAAGAGUGUGUACCUGCAGCACUGGAUAAAUACCUUUAUGACCUAAUUCAUAAAUAUUAUUUUAGUUAGCAUUGUAUGGUACCCGUGCCAGCAUCCCAAAUAAAGAUAUUGUUCGGAUCCCGGACCUUAUCGCGCUUUCCAACACGGUGGUGAAAUGUGAAUGGUAGUAAGAUUAUUAAGUAGCCAGCGUACUCUGCACUAUAAAGGGAUAUUCACCAAUGUAAAUGUAUGUGAUGGAAAGUGUUUCUGGCAGUACGUGGGGAAUCACUGUUGUAUGUGGGGCGAGGGCAAUGCACCGAGAUCUCCAAUAUGUUAUGUGUAAUAUUGCCCUGUGCCAGAGCUUCUUCCCAUCUAUGUUUAUUUAUUACAUGUAUGUUUUAGUUGUGUGCUCUUAUAUACACGAGCUGUGAAACGCGCCCUGUGUGGUCGACGCGACGGCGCUGCUUCCCUGCUCUGUCAAACUGAUUAGUACUCUAACCCUGUUGCUUCUGAGAAGGGUAGGGCAGGGAUGAGCGAAGAGCACGGCGAGAAUGAGCUUCAAUAAAACUCAUAUUUGUAA